UUGUAUUAUCCGACGAGUUAUUAAUUUGUCUUUACAUGUGGAUGAACAAAACCCUUGUGUUACUUGUUGAUUUAGUUUCUGAACCAAUAGCUCUUGCGUUUUCAUAUACGAUAGAGAGAAGGCAAGAAGGUCGGAAAAUCUAGUGUUAGGCGAACGACGAAGAUGUCCGAUUCCUCGAGAAGUAUUGUCUCUGUAGAAAGGCUACAAGAACAAGAUCGUGAAGCAAUGCUGCCAACCGCUGAGACUCUGAAGGGCGAGCUCGAGAGUCUACAGCUUUUGAACGAGAGAUUGAAUGGUGAGAGUCUCGACGGUACCCCGAGCUGUGGUCCCUUGAAAGGCAGUUGGCGCAGGGCAUGUUCACCGUGGAACGCCAAGCUAAUAAGGCGGAAAUGGAGUUGAUAGCCAAGCAGGAAGCAGAUUCAGACUAUACGGGGUUAGAAUGGGGCGACGAAAAGAGAUUUGAGAGUGAAUUCGUUUUAUUGAGAAGAAGAAAAAACUUGAGGAACCAGGCCAGAGAGCUCCGGAUCAGCUCUUUCUCUGGAGAAGGACAAGAGGAGCAUGAUCGUGAAGCACUGCUGCAAAACAUGAAGAGCGAAAUCGAGAGACUCCGGCUUCUGAACGAGAGAUUGAAUGGUAAAGAGCUCGACGGUCUAAAUUACUACGAAUUGGAGGUACUCAGAUGUGAGAUUUCCAUGGGUUGGGGCAAUGUGAUGAGAGAGAGGCUGAGGCGCAGAGAGGAAUCAAUCUCUCGCGAAGAGAUGCUGAAGGGAGUCUCGGGACAGACUUAGCACUGGUAAUGCCACAACUUCCUCGCGACUUAGGUUCUAUAUAUCUAGGAGAUAAACAAGUCAUGGGAAGAGUCAAGUCAUAAAACUUUUUAUUUUCUGUUUGGGAAGAGGUCAAUAUAUAUUAAAGAGAGUCGAGUGAUAAACUCUUUCUUCUGUUUGUGUCUCGCUUUUACAUUUGCUAUUUCUAAACAUAUUUAUUUGAUGAAAACAUUAGGAAAAC